GACAUGAAUCACAGAAUGACAGAUUCAAAAACAAGCUGGGAACCCAUGCCUGGGACAGAGAGAGAUUGACAGUGCAAAGGACAGAGACAGAAAGUCAGAGAAAACUCUGUUAAUAAAGGGAGAGAACUUCGAGGUGGAGAGUAAAGGAUUGUGAUCAUUCGCAAUGUUUGCCAGCAACAUGUGUUUGGUAUUUCUGAUCUGGUGCCAGGUUUUAAAUCUUUCAGCAGCGGCAAAUGAAGAGACUCCAGCUGACGAUGUGAUAACUCUCAGGAAUGGGACAUUGUCAACUGCCCCCAGUGACAGACCCGCCGAUCAUUCACCAGGAGCUGAUUGGGAAACUGAGAUUAAAGGAGCUGCUUCAGAUGGACAAGGAAGUUUUUCAGGUUUUCGAUCUCACCAGGAAAAGUUACUUGAAGAACUGAAGGAUUACAAGUUUGUAUUCCCACAUGUUAUAUCUGGGAGAGAGAAACGGAGUGUAGCUAAACCAGCACAGAGGAACUAUCCAAACCACAUCAGCAUUUCUGUGCAGCUGGAGGGAAAGGAAUUAACACUGGAUCUCAGGAGAAAUAAUCUCCUUUUGCCGAGAGGGUUCCAGGUAUCGCACUAUGAUUCAAAUGGGACUCUGGUGACAGAGAAGGAGACUGAACUGUACCGCUGCUGCUACGAGGGUUCCGUCAGAAAAUUCCCCGGAUCCCAGGUCUCUGCGACCAUCUGCUCAGGACUCAGUGCUCUGAUUGUUUUCGUUAAUCGAACUUACAUCAUUGAGCAUCUUGAGGGGGACAAACUUGGCCGACAUGUGUUAUACAGACCUGAAGAUCUCCCCCCAGCAUCGAGUAACUGUGGAGUCAAAAAUACUUCCCCUGUGUUAACCCUGACUGAGCACCUUCAGCGUUCACAGAGGGUGAAAAGGGAUGUGCUAAAAGAGCGGAGAUACGUCGAGCUGGUCCUUGUGGGGGACAAUACUCUGUAUCAGAAUGUGGGGAGUAAUAAAGAUGCUGUAGUGAAACGAUUGCUUAACGUUGCCAAUACUGUGGACUUGUACUACAGACCAUUUAAUAUUCGUGUUGCUCUGAUUGGUGUAGAGGUGUGGACCAGAGACCAGAUCGCAGUGGACAGGAGUGCUUCAAUAACUUUGCACAGGUUUCUCAAGUGGAGGGAGACUAACCUUCUACCACGAGUGCACAAUGAUAACAGUCAUCUCAUCACAGGUCGCACUUUUUCGAAAGGUAUUGCAGGCUUGGCAAUUAUGACAGUUAUGUGUUCAAGGCAGGAUUCUGGAGGAGUAAACUCGGACAACCGGCCGAGCCAUUUGGCUGCUUCUGCAACCGUUGCUCAUGAGAUGGGACACAAUUUGGGAAUGGCACAUGACACAGACUCACGUCAUUGUAACUGUCCAGACCAGCAGGGCUGCAUCAUGGAAGAAGCACUCAGUUUCGUUUUGCCAACAUCCUUCAGUAGUUGCAGCCAACAGGACUUGGUGAACAAUCUCAAACGUGGAGUAGCUGUGUGUCUUUCCAAUCUACCAAUUGUUGACAAGUUGAUUGGGGGCGUGGAGUGUGGAAACCAGUACGUGGAGAGAGGCGAGCAGUGUGACUGCGGCAAACCUGCGCUGAUAAAGUACUUGGGAAUUGUAGCCAAUGUUGAAGGAAAUGUAGCAGCACUUUGUUCACAGCAGAUCCCACAAAUAGUAAACUGA